UAGUACUAUUGUGUUUAGAGUAAUCUGAAUGGCCUCCUCGCGCCCUAAGUCAAAAGCAAGUGCUUGUGAAGUGCAAAAUGCAAAAGUUACCCACGUGUCAGUGUUUUUUUAUAAGGAAGGUCAUACAGAAAUCGUCGAUAUUUCUAGAAUUUACAAUUUCAAUCGUCAAAACAAAGACGAUUUUGAUAGGAAGAAAAAAUACAAGCUGUGGGCAGAUGAUGACAUUGAAUCUUGUUGGCAUGUGAAUAUACUACGAUUAGGAACAAGCUUUGAGGAUAUGCAAGCUCCAAACCAAGAAAGGCGAUUACGAAUUCCAAAUACACGAAACAGAAGCUUCUUUUCCGAUGACCAUAAUGGUCCCGUUAAAAAGAGCAGGAAAAGAUUGUUUCGUCAUGAAGAAGAUAUUAGCAAGAAGCAACAAAAAUUGUUAUCAAACAGAUCAAGCAUCCUUGAUUCUGAUGACUCAACAGGAACAGAUGUUGAUGGAAUAAUUAAUGAUAUCGAAGAAGGCUUAGUAGCAAAAGAAGCUGGUCAAAAGCAAAGUAGAGAAGAAGGAAAACAGAGUAAAUCUUUACCACCUUUGACAGACCUACCACAAGUUUCAAGGGAUAUACCCAGAAGUUCAUCAUUAACUUCAAUAUCGUCGAGAUCGUUUACUCAGAAAGAAAAUUUACAUCCGAAUAAAAAAUCACGAACACCUGACAUGCGUAUACGUUAUUAAAAAAAAUCCGCUCUUUGGAGCUGCACAAAGAAACGAACCUUUAGAUAGAGAUGGUGUUAAAAAUGAUUCGCCACAGAUAAAUUGUAAACGUUACCCAGAUCUAACAAGAAGUGAAGUUCCAGAAAGAACGAGAAAUAUCGCAAGUAUUGAAAGGCGUUUCGAACAAGAAACUAUUUCUCCAGUAGGGUCUGGCAGUGGAAGAUGAGAAGAAAGUACUCCUCCGUGAGUAUCACCAGGACGAGUAGACAAUGGGAGUCCGCGUAAUAGUCGUUAUGAAGCUCAAAAUAAUGAAAUGCUGUUCGCUUUAAAAUUAACAUAAAAGGUAACGUGGAUCCGUCGGCCCGAGCAAUUAGGCUAAGGAAAAUAUGGUAGUACAUGUCUCAAAAGGUGUAUGAUUGCAAGAGGCCAAAAGCUGUGAGACUAUGAGCUAACUAUGACUGUGAUAUAUGUACGUGUAUGUAUAAAAAUAUACUGUAACUAAGUUAGAAUGUUUUCCCGUUAUCUUCCAAACUUUAUGCGUCUAUGUGUACUAGUAUUUAUAUAUGGUCGUCGAAAAAAUUUAUAAUAAAUUUCAUUGUUCAACAUGUUUUGUUGACAUUGCAUGUCCUAAAUAGAUAUAAGAACUUUGAGACUAGCUAUAAAAUGAACAAGUUGGGUUAAAAGACAUUGACUAUUUUUAAGACUUUAUUCUAUAAUGUUUGCCAAUCAUACCACUAUAUGUUCGGCCGACUGUACACAUAGUUACUUCGUUUGUUUUGAUAUCAGCGUUCAUUUUCAAAGACAUUAGUAGAGAUUAGUAUAGUGAUACGUAUAUUACUUUACACUAGAGAUAAUAAAAAAACAGAAGCCUGAA